UAUUCAUUUAGAUAUGCAUACAUAUAUGUCUGCACUGUUGAAACAGCUGAUAAGGUGACCAAAUGCUUAUUUUUUCGAUUGCUGUGUGUUGAAUGUUCAUGAAGUUAGCCUGAGAAGCACUAAAAAGAUGUCUGUACAAAUGUGUAUGUCUCAUUUCGUAGAAAAAUGAAACGCGAUGAAGAUAUUCUUAUUGUUGAAAUUAAAUGUGCUGAAAAAUACGAGUUAGUUUCAUUUGCAAAAAGCAAAUUACGCGUAAAAAGCUAUAUUGAGCAAACUGUGGCAAAAUCUUUCGCCAUUGAAAGUGAAAGAAUCUCGUUUCGCACUGCUCGUGGCAGCAAAAUUCUAGAAGAAAGUUUGGCAAGUUUUAUUUUGCAAUACAGCGCCUGUGCAUGUUUCUUACUGGAAGUUUCAGAUCCUCAAUCAGGCAGAAAACCCCCUUUAAAAAGAUUUGGCGAUGAAAGCCUAAAAAUCAGCAGUCAGCUUUUGAAACAGCAUCUCGAAAACAACGAGUGCCAUCAUUUAUUGAAAGAGUAUGCCGAAAAGAAAAGCCUUUCAGACGGAUUGCGUCGAGUUCUCGUAAAUGAGGCUGUUACUCUCCUGAGGGCUGAAUGCUCGAACUACCCUACCAAGAAUGAGAAAAAUGCAAUGGCUUUGGCUAUAACAAGCCUUUUCCCUAACCUCAAAUCAGACACAGGACAGAAUAUUUUCUUUGAUGCGGCAACUAAUACAGGAUAUCUAGUCUCCCGUCUAAAAAAUCUUAAUUUUAAAAGGAAAAAGCUCAAUAGAUUUCAACAUGAAGAAAAUGAUGUGGCGAAAGUUUCCUUGCCGUCCUUACAACAAUCUUGCUUGACCGAAGGUGACAUUGAAUUUUUUAAGAAUUGUGUGUUGCCCCAGCAGAGGUCAGCAUUGGAAGAAAGGCUUAAAAAAAAUGUAAAGGAGAGAGCUCAUAUGUGUGCAACCGGCGCAAAUAUUCAUGAUAGUUUUCCUUUCUUUUUUGUGGAUCCCGAACUGGUAACUGAUAAAAACGAAGUUCAGUGCAUUGUAAAAUUGUGUACCCCAUUUUCACAAGUUUUCACUAUUUACUUUUUUAAGUUUAUUAUUUGUUUACAAAAAUAUAGUUCAUUAUUUACCGACAACUACAAGUUUCAACCUUUAUUAUAAAAAAAUUGAAUUGGCAAUACAACUGCAUACUUAUAUCUGUUUUUAAAUUCUGA